GUCAUAGAUUGUAGAAAGGUGUUCAAUGGUAGUGAUUUGGUCUUCACGUACUGGAGUAAUACGAAGAACUUGGUCACUGUGGAAAUGAUGAAAUACGGGAGUACAAAUCUGAAGGCGACAUAUGCACAAUGUUUGCUAUGCUUACCGCAAUCGACACUGCAUGUUGAACAGAGUCGGUACACGUGUUGAAACCCGGAGUCUAAUGGGUAAAGAUUAGGUUCUCAGUGGUAUGGGCGCAUAUGCAAGUUUGUUUGGCGUAGAAGAUAGCCAGACUGUUAAAAUAAAGCCAAAUAACCCAAAGUGGCUUUUUAAGCAUGCUGAAGUUUGUGAAAUGCCUUUUUCUGAGGUACAACGCUGCUGGAGAAGGUUUCAGGUUCUUGGUGCAAAUAAGAAAGGAGUUCUAACCGUUGAAAGUCAGAUAUGGAAAUCAAAUGAUAAAUUCAUUCAGCAGACUUUGAGACAACUGCCUUGGUCAAACAAAGGAAUUCUAACAUUUCAAGUUUAUCUAAAAGUUUGUAAAUGGUUUAAUCAAGCUGAUGAAAUAUUAAAGUUAAAAGUGAUCUACGGAUUAAUAAAUCACAACCAACCACUAGAUGGUGAAGUUUUACAAAGGAUAAUUGCGCUCCUAUAUCCAGAAGAAUCUCCUGAAAAUCUAAAGAAUUUGGUUGAAACUUUUAUAGAAAAAGUUGAUUAUAAACACCAAGGAGUUAUAGAUGAAGAAGAGUUCAUUGAAUUCGCGAAACAAAUCCCAUUUGAAGAAAUGUCAGCCAUGCUUCAGUUUAAUAUUAUUCCUCAGGAUUUAGAAAUACCAGAAUAGUUCUUGAAAUUAAUUUCCAUAUGUUAAUAACGAUGGCUUUGUAAAGUGUAAGCCAUUAAAUUAAUGUAACGAACUGGUAACUGCAUUACCAAUCCAAACCUUGAGACCUAUGCAGUUAUUACACUGUGAGAAUUAUUUUAGAUUUUCUUGCUUUCAAAACUUAAGAUUAAUUUGUUUUUAAUUUCUAUUGUCUUCCGUGUAAUUUCAUAUAUAUUUAUAUAUUUUUAAGUCCUAUCAUUUUUAAGUCAAGUCAUAUUUUAAGUUAUAUAUUUAUAUACUAACCUUACUGUUGCCUUUAUAAUAACCCCAUAUUGUCCUAUUUGUACAUUUUACCUUUUUAGUUCAAUAUAUAUUAUUAUUAAUAUUAUCUAGAAGACUAGAAUUAUAAGUAUUUAAAGUUGCUUUGUUUAUUAUAGUUGUUAAUAGAUUGUAGUUUUCCUAUUUUGUAUUUAAAUUUUAAGCCCAAAUUACUUUAGUUUUGCAUUUAUUACUUUGUGCCGAUUUUAUCUAAACCAAUUUAAUCUCUUGUUUAAAUAUAAUUGCAACUGUUUUAACAUUGAAUAUUGAAAUAUGCAUUGUAUUUUUAACUCAAAUUUAAGAUUUAUAUAUCUGUUUAUUUAACUCAAUUUUAAAUAGCCCCAAGAGACCUAUUAAGCCCAAAUUUUAUGCCAAGUUCUUGUUUCUGCAUAUAGAA